AUGAGUGUGUCCUUAACAAAAACAACAGUUGAAAAAGCAACACAAAAAUUAGGUGUACUUGGAGAUCAUGUGCAGAGGUUGAAGGAGGAAAACAGUGAGCAAUUGCAGGUGGAGUACGAUCGUUUAGUUGAAGGAUUGAGACGUGUCGAAGAAGAACGUACGAACGAUCAAGUUUUAGCAAAUCCUGUUCUUCCUGACAUGAUUUUGAAAGAAGCGGUACCUGGAACAAUACGAACUGCGUCACAUUUCAUUUCAUUUUUGCAUCGUUUCAAUGAAUAUCUGAAACAUCGGAUGCGAACAAAAACGGUUUUAAUUGAAAGUCCAGCAGCAUUUCUUCGUGAUAUUAAUGAUUUAAUGCAUAUUGAUCGAAGGCCACUCAGAUUUUGUGCGGAACGAUUUGCAUCAUUAAUGCGAACUUUGGAAUUGGCUGACAUAUCAGAUUUCAGCUCAUUAGUGUUGAUUACAAAUUUUGCAACCCUUGUCAGCACAUAUGCACGAGGUUUUACAAUUGUAAUUGAACCACUGGAUGAGAAAAGUGGUAUUGGCCAUAGCUGUACGCUACAUCUUAGCUGUAUGGAUGCUUCAAUUGCUAUUCGUCCUAUUUUUCAACGAUAUCAUACAGUUGUCAUCACUUCAGGGACUUUAUCGCCAUUGGAUAUGUAUCCAAAAAUUCUGGACUUUGAUCCAGCGAUUAUGGCAAGCUUAUCAAUGACACUAGCAAGACCAUGUAUUGCACCACUCAUUGUUUCAAAAGGCAAUGACCAAGUUGCUAUGACAUCCCGUUUUGAAUCUCGGGAAGAUGUUGCCGUUAUCCGGAAUUACGGAAGUCUUGUUUUGGAACUUGUUUCUUUGGUACCAGAUGGUGUUGUCGUUUUCUUUACCAGUUAUCUUUAUAUGGAAAAUGUUAUUUCAACAUGGUAUGAUCAGGGCAUUAUUGAUGAAUUAUUAAAAUACAAACUUUUGUUCAUCGAAACAACCGAUGCACUCGAAACAAGUAUUGCUUUGGAGAAAUAUGUGGAGGCAUGUGAUUGUGGCAGGGGUGCCGUGUUCUUUUCUGUUGCAAGAGGAAAGGUAUCGGAAGGGAUUGAUUUUUCACAUCAUCUUGGCCGUGCCGUGAUAAUGCUUGGUGUUCCAUAUGUAUAUACAGAAAGUCGCAUAUUGCGAGCGCGGCUGGAAUAUUUGCGAGAACAAUUGGGAAUAAGAGAAAAUGAUUUCUUAACAUUUGACGCGAUGCGACAGGCAGCACAAUGCAUGGGUCGUGCACUGAGAGGAAAAAGUGAUUACGGUUUGAUGAGGUUUUCACGAAAGGAUAAAAUGGGUAAACUUCCUCGUUGGAUUCAGGAAUAUAUAACGCCUGGCAACAUCAAUCUCAGUAUUGAAGAAGCUGCUAUAAUAGCAAGAAAAUGGUUCCCUCUAAUGGCGCAAUCAUUCACCAAAGAGCAUCAGCUGGGGAUUUCAUUGCUUACCGAAGAAAUGCUUCGCGAAAAGGAGUUAAUGGGGAAAAAAUUUGGUCAUGUUUUAGAAGAGUUUAUGCGAUUAGCUUUUGAUGGAAAUGGAUGCAGUUCAGGAUGCUACAGAUUUAUUUGUGGUUCAGUGCACUGUGGCGCAUCUAAAAAAGGGGAAAAACGUUUUUGUAUUGGAGAAACAGAUAAAUAA